CGUUGAAGAAAAUCCAACGGUUGAAACGUCAACAUGUGUACUAUAUUGAGAUACAGAAGGGGGGCUGUCAAUUCUUUUAUAUAAACAUAAGCUGGUCGUGCCGUCCAACCGACGAUUACGGGUGACUGCGUGGGUCCCUCCACUUUUUAUGCCCUUCUUUCCCUCUUUGCUCUUUUUAGAGCUCUUUUCUCUUCCUCUCCUCUUUCUCUCUCUGUAGUGUGUAAAGUUUGCUUUUUCAUUUUUACUCUGUUGCUUGCUUUGCUUCUUCUCAUGGCUUCUUCAAGGGAAGGACACUACAGGGGUGUGAGGAAGAGGCCAUGGGGUCGCUAUGCAGCUGAAAUACGUGACCCCUGGAAGAAAACUAGGGUUUGGUUGGGUACAUUUGACACUCCUGAAGAAGCUGCACUCGCUUAUGAUGGUGCAGCUCGCUCUCUCCGUGGAGCUAAGGCCAAAACCAACUUCCCCGCUCCAACCACUGGUCUCUCUCUCGACCUCAACGUCCCUUCUGAUUCUCACCAUCGCUGGAGCUCAACUGCUGGUCACCGUUUCGCCCUCGGUGAGUUCCUGCAAACUGGGGUUCUCAAAGAGAUUAACUUCAACGGAGAAGCCUCAGGGUCUGUGAAAAAUGAGAUUGCUGUUGCUGCUGGUGGCGUUGGUCCUCCGGUGCCGGAAGCUGGUGUUCAGCCGUCGUUUUUGGGGAUUGUGAGACGUGGGUUACCUAUAGAUUUGAACGAGCCUCCACCGUUGUGGCUGUGAUAUUAUUUACCGACUGACGAUGAGCUCUGUGCUCCUGUAGGACAUUUUCCGGCUGGUUUUAACCUUAUUGCUUUCUUUUAAUCUCCCUUUUUCUUACUUUUCAUCACCUUCAUUUCUGUUUUAAAAGGGAGUAAGAGUAACAUCAAAUCACUAUUAUUAAAAAAAAAAAAAAAAAACUGAGCGGCCUCUGUAUAUACAUGUUCCUGUGUUUUUAUGAAACACCUUUUUUACCUUGUCUUUUUAAUAAUAUAAUGUAAUUUCACGCA